AUUAACCCUUAUGUAAAAAUAAUACCCUUGGUUUUUUUUACUGUGUGAAAUAAAUGACAAUACAGAUUUCAACACGUAUCUACUUACAAUAUGGACAUCUCAUUUCACCAUACUUGAGGAUGGUUAUUGGAUCAAGACAGAAAGUAUCCCGUAAUACAGCAGGCACUUGUUUGUCAAAGUUCUCAACAAGAACAUUAUCACAGAAGUUCUCUAGGUCAACACAAACAUUGUCACAGAAGUCAUAUAGCUGUUAUUUUCUGACACAUAAACUAGUACAGAAGCAAACAUUACUAUCAAUAAAUCUACCAGCAACUGUAAGACAAUCUCUACAAUGUUUAUCCACAGAACCAAAUUUUGAGCAAUUUAUUAUACAAAGUGAGAGUGAUUUUGAUAAGAAAGUUUUAGAGAGUCCAAUACCAGUUGUAGUUUAUUUCUUUACAAGAACUUGUGUUCCAUGUGCAGUAAUGGCACCAAGGCUUGAAGACAUUAUAGUUUCCUAUGGAACAGCCAUAAAUUAUUUUAAAGUUGAUGUAGACAGCCACAGAACUUUGGCUAAGACAUAUGUACAGGGUAAAUCCGGGGUCAAGGUUAUGCCAACCCUAAUUGGAAUGAAGAAUGGACAAGUUGUUAGUAAGAUUCGAGGACUAAAAAGUGAGGAACAAAUAAAAAAAUUUGUAGACAAUUUAGUGAUAUGAAAAAGCACUUUAAAUCUCUGUUGCCAAUAUAUGUUUAUAGUUUUGUGUAAAAUAAACUUGUUAUUUUUAUAA